AUGCUCAUCCACAAAACUGAAGAUGUGAAUGCUCUGGAUUCUGAGAAACGAACACCUCUUCAUGUGGCCGCAUUUCUGGGAGAUGCAGAGAUCAUUGAACUUCUGAUUCUGUCAGGAGCUCGUGUAAAUGCCAAGGACAACAUGUGGCUGACCCCACUGCACCGGGCUGUUGCUUCCAGAAGUGAAGAAGCAGUACAAGUAUUGAUCAAGCACUCGGCUGAUGUCAAUGCGAGAGACAAGAACUGGCAGACCCCCCUCCACGUGGCAGCAGCCAAUAAGGCUGUCAAAUGCGCAGAAGUGAUCAUUCCCCUGCUGAGCAGCGUCAACGUCUCUGACCGAGGGGGGCGCACAGCCUUACACCAUGCAGCUCUGAAUGGCCAUGUGGAGAUGGUCAAUUUACUCUUGGCCAAAGGGGCUAACAUCAACGCAUUUGACAAGAAGGACCGGCGUGCUUUGCACUGGGCAGCGUAUAUGGGCCACCUGGACGUUGUGGCAUUGCUCAUUAACCAUGGCGCAGAAGUGACCUGUAAGGAUAAGAAGGGUUAUACCCCUCUGCACGCCGCAGCCUCCAAUGGACAAAUCAAUGUUGUCAAACAUCUCCUGAAUCUGGGGGUGGAGAUUGACGAGAUCAAUGUGUAUGGAAAUACGGCACUUCACAUCGCCUGCUACAACGGACAGGAUGCUGUGGUUAAUGAGCUUAUUGACUACGGUGCUAACGUGAACCAGCCCAACAACAACGGGUUCACCCCUUUGCAUUUCGCUGCUGCCUCCACUCAUGGUGCUUUGUGUCUUGAGUUGUUAGUGAACAACGGGGCAGAUGUUAACAUUCAGAGUAAAGAUGGCAAAAGUCCACUUCACAUGACAGCUGUUCAUGGAAGGUUCACACGGUCACAAACCCUCAUUCAAAAUGGAGGCGAAAUUGACUGUGUGGAUAAAGAUGGCAACACUCCUCUCCAUGUGGCUGCAAGAUAUGGUCAUGAGCUUUUGAUUAACACCUUAAUAACCAGCGGAGCUGACACAGCCAAGUGUGGAAUCCAUAGCAUGUUCCCCUUACAUUUAGCUGCCCUAAAUGCUCACUCUGACUGCUGCAGAAAGUUGUUAUCAUCGGGACAAAAGUAUAGCAUAGUAUCCUUGUUUAGUAAUGAGCACGUGCUGUCUGCAGGCUUUGAAAUAGACACCCCAGAUAAAUUUGGAAGAACGUGCCUUCAUGCUGCUGCUGCAGGAGGUAAUGUGGAAUGUAUUAAACUCUUGCAGAGCAGUGGAGCGGAUUUCCAUAAAAAGGACAAGUGUGGGAGGACCCCUUUGCACUAUGCAGCUGCGAAUUGUCAUUUCCACUGUAUUGAGACAUUAGUGGCCACGGGAGCCAACGUUAAUGAAACAGAUGACUGGGGACGGACAGCUUUGCACUAUGCUGCGGCAUCAGACAUGGAUAGAAAUAAGACUAUCCUAGGAAAUACCCAUGAAAAUUCCGAAGAACUUGACAGAGCCAGGGAGCUGAAAGAAAAGGAAGCGGCUCUAUGUCUAGAGUUUCUGCUUCAGAAUGAUGCAAAUCCAUCCAUCCGGGACAAGGAGGGUUACAACAGCAUACAUUAUGCUGCUGCCUAUGGCCACAGACAAUGUCUGGAAUUGCUUUUAGAAAGAACCAACAGUGGUUUUGAAGAAUCAGAUUCCGGUGCUACCAAGAGUCCACUCCACUUAGCUGCUUAUAAUGGGCAUCAUCAAGCCUUGGAAGUCCUUUUGCAGUCGCUGGUGGACCUGGACAUCAGGGAUGAGAAAGGCCGCACUCCUCUGGAUCUGGCUGCCUUUAAGGGACACACAGAAUGUGUGGAAGCACUGAUCAAUCAGGGCGCGUCCAUCUUUGUGAAAGACAAUGUAACCAAAAGAACCCCACUUCAUGCCUCAGUAAUUAAUGGUCACACACUGUGUUUGCGGCUGUUACUAGAAGUUGCAGACAACCCAGAAGUGGUUGACGUGAAAGAUGCCAAAGGACAAACCCCACUGAUGCUUGCUGUAGCAUAUGGACAUAUUGAUGCUGUUUCAUUGUUACUUGAAAAGGAAGCAAACGUAGAUGCUGUUGACAUCAUGGGAUGCACAGCUUUACACAGAGGGAUUAUGACAGGACACGAGGAAUGUGUGCAAAUGCUCCUGGAACAAGAAGUGUCAAUUCUCUGUAAAGAUUCCAGAGGGAGGACGCCCUUGCACUAUGCAGCUGCCCGGGGCCAUGCCACGUGGCUGAGUGAGCUGCUCCAGAUAGCUCUUUCCGAGGAGGACUGUUGCUUCAAAGACAACCAAGGCUACACACCGCUGCACUGGGCUUGUUACAAUGGUAAUGAAAACUGUAUAGAGGUACUUUUGGAGCAAAAAUGUUUUCGCAAAUUUAUCGGUAAUCCCUUCACUCCACUGCACUGUGCAAUAAUAAAUGAUCAUGAGAAUUGUGCAUCAUUGCUACUUGGGGCCAUAGAUUCCAGUAUUGUCAGUUGUAGAGAUGACAAAGGCAGGACACCCCUUCAUGCGGCAGCAUUUGCUGACCACGUGGAGUGCUUACAGCUGCUCCUGAGACACAACGCUCAAGUGAAUGCAGUAGACAAUUCAGGGAAGACAGCUCUGAUGAUGGCUGCUGAGAACGGGCAGGCAGGCGCUGUGGAUAUUUUGGUGAACAGUGCCCAGGCUGAUCUGACUAUAAAGGACAAAGACUUGAAUACACCCUUACAUUUGGCUAGUAGUAAAGGUCAUGAAAAAUGUGCCUUGUUAAUACUUGACAAGAUACAAGAUGAGAGCCUUAUUAAUGCAAAAAAUAAUUCACUGCAGACACCCCUCCACGUUGCUGCACGCAAUGGCUUGAAGGUGGUAGUUGAGGAGUUGCUGGCCAAAGGAGCCUGUGUACUUGCUGUAGAUGAAAAUGCUUCUAGGUCAAAUGGACCCCGUUCCGCAACUGGAACAGCUGUACAAAAAGAAGAAUGAGACUCUUUAAAAAUUAUGCACAUACACAUGCCCAUGUAUAUGGUGUGUAUAUAGAUGUAUGUAGUUCAUCAGCCAGCUAAACAUGAGGACCAAAAGGCUUCAGUCUAAAAUGGAAGAUUUAAUUUUUUUCCUUCAAACUGCAAGUGAGAACUGAAGUAGCUUUUCUAUAGAGUUAAAAUGUAAUCUUUUUGCGUAACAGUUUUUGUUGUAUUUUAUAUUGCUAUGACACAGAUUUCUAGUUGACACCUUAACAUUUGUAACCGAUGAUGUGUUGACCAUUGUUUAUUUUUUUGCCAAACUAAAAAAAAAAAAUGUCUGGAUACCUUUGAUGUAAAUGUGUUUAUAUUUAUUUGAAAUGAAACAAAUGCCGAGGAAACGUCCAUUGUUUGUUUUCUGUUUAAUUGCUGUGUAUCUUAUUUGGAAUAAUAAAAAAAUGUAAAAACACACUCAACCCUGGGCUAGCUCUGGGGCCAAACCCAGCAUUUCAACUGCUAAGGUUUUCAGCUGACCCUCAGGUUCUUCCACGUUGGUCGAAGAGGGUUACAACGUCCAUCACUCAGGCCCAGUCUGUAGCCAGCUUAGAGCUUAGAGGACACUGCAUUGUGACUCCUCUUCUGCAAGAUGAAAUCUGAAGUGUGUAGUGGAUCAUAUACACAAAGGUGGCGCAAAGAGAGAUCCAGAAAUUUCCCUAAAUACACUGAAAAUCUCACAUGGUCCCAAUAACCUAAUGGGAAAUGAUGUCUGUGUGUGGGUACAUGUGCCAGCAAGAGAAAUAAAAAUCACCAGCUCAAGUGCUAUUGAAACUUGAAGAAGAGACAGGAAAGAAGUAUGUUGCAUUAGGACAGAGGUCUCUGACAUUUUAUGAUAGGUUCAAUUUUCACCCUCGAAAUUUCUAUUUUUUGGUUGUAUGUGAGAUAUUUUUUAAGCCAGUAUUCUAUCAUAUCUGGAUCAAAUACAGAUACUGUACUAUAUUUCUCAUCUAGCUAUAAAAGACUUUAAUCUUACUCUUUCAGUAUCCUGGAUUUAAACUCAUGUUGGGUUCUUCACAAAUGAGAACUUGUUCAAAGGACUUAGAUAACCGGUAUUGAAAUCUUUGAACACCACCAACAUUGUUUCUUGAAUUCUUGGUGUGUGUUCUCCACCUUCUUCUGCCUUUUUUGUUUGCUUAGAGAAGUUGAAUUUUUUAAAAAGUAGAUAAAUUGCCAGUGAGCAAUAAUGACCUUAUCUUUACCAAAACACUGAAAACAAGGAGGCUCCAAUGUUGAAGAAGCACAAUAUACUGCGGUGUCUUUUUCUAGAAGUGAAUGGAAAUCUUGCUCAGUUGGCAUUUAAAGAAAGAAAUGAAAUGCCUGCUUUAAUGGUAAAGCAGCAUUAACAUUUUUCCUGUAGAGUAGCAGAGAGUACAGGAUCAUUUCAACAAAGCAGUAACAACCGUGAGACACAGUCUCCCUGGAACUGCCAUUUGACUUUUCCCCAUUCUCUUACUGAUAGAAGGGAGACAAAGGAAAAAAAUGAAAUCAUGCUCCCGAUGAACUGUUCGUUGAAUCAGUCAAUCUCUCUCCCCGACCCCUUUCUCUCUUUGUGUGUCUCCCUCCCACCAGACCAAUUUUUUUCUUUAAGAAAUAACUGUAAUUUCUCUGUUUUGACUACAUCUCUUAGAAAUAAAAUUAUGUUUGCAACAUAGCUUUCUAAGGAAAAAUAACAGAAAACAUUGGGUUUUUAAUUGAGUCUUAGUUGCUUAGUGCUUUUGCCUACAUGUGUUAUUUUUAGACUGUAGUUUAACCACAGUCACAGGGAUCAUGUUUCACUGCACUUACCUGUUCACCAGUGUCUGCCUAUUUUGGGUAAAUACAUUACUGUCUCCAAAUUGCCUAAAAUCUGCUAUGAUUCUACAGUAAAUAGCUCAGGGGAUUUCUAUUUAUCACUACUAAAAGGGCACCACUGUAUGUUUUGGUACUUUAGGCAGUAAACAGCUGCUUGAUUUAGUAUUUUAUUAUUAAAGUAGAACAAGAACAUCAAAUGGAUUUGCUGCACUAGUUAUUCUUUGUACUGUUGAGCAACUUGGUGUGCUUAUCUGUUGUGUUGGUUGAAGAACUCUUCCCUUUUUUGUCUUGUAAUAUGAAGUUAGAGUGCCUUUUUAUAUUUGUAUAUUCUGAAAACGUUCUGUGAAAUGUUUCAUAUUUUUUUCAUUGGAGUGUUAUCAGAGCAAUAUGAUACCAGUGAAUUUUCAUUUCAACCUUUCUUUGAAUGUAUAAAGUGUCUUUUUUCCUAUUUCCCCUUUUACUUGCUUUGAAAUGAAAAUGAAAUUGCUAAAGUUUUCUAUAGGAAUUAUGAUUGAUUUUGCAGUGCUAAAAUGCUUUCUUCUUACAAAACUGUUAAACCAUAGGUCAGUAUUAUAGAGGAAAAGCGUUUUAAGAUAGUGACAAUCUGAGUGUGUGUAUAAAAUGUAAUUCUAUGCGUUUCUUAUGCAGUGAUCUAAAAAUUCAAUGCAAAUAUCUUUUGUUUGGUAGUUUUGUCUACAUAUUUUGUGCUUUAGCAUGUGCAAUAGAUCUUUGCAAAGCACGAUGAUUCAAACCUGGUGCCAGUGUUAUAUUUGCAUAACAUAUUUGUAACAGCAUAAAAUAUUGUUUGAUGAUUUCAGUGAGAUUUUGUCUGUAAUGUUUUCCUAUGUAAAUUGGAGUUGAAUGACUCUGGUAAAUGUCAUGACUGUAAAAAUGAGGAAAAUGACUUUUAGUUCAGUGAAUGACUUUGAACCAAUCUGAAUCUUCUCAAGCACAGUUUAAUACUUUUGCAACUACUGAAUGCUCUAAUAAUGUAUUGAAGUACUUAACUGUAAUAUACUAUGGAAAUGCAUUCAGAUGGUUAUUUUUACAAAUAAAAACGGUACAAACAUUGUUGCAA